AUGACGACACAAACAGCUCCCGUCAUUCCUCCUCGACCAUCAAGAUCCCCUCAACAGCCAGGUCUUGCUCCCAAGUCGAUAUCAGACAUCCCAAAGAUUCCUCCUCGUCCCGGUAGACUCGUUGAUCGCUCCGUAUCUCCGCUUCGGGACAGCUAUGCCCCGUCUCCUCUGAACGAGCGGCCAAAUGCUCCGGGUAUCUCCCGCACCGUGUCUAAUGAUCUCCCACAACGCCCUCCCAGUGUGGCAAUACCGUCUCUCGGCGAAGAGGGCAUUGAGUAUCAAGACCUGGAUAUUCCGAAUGUCUCGGACAGCCAUAGCCAGAUUCCAGCUCCUUCAGAGACUAGGAAUGUGGGCAGUGAUCUCAAAAUCCAUGCCCCCAGACCAUCUUUGCCUAGUUCGAGUGCUAAGGCGCAAGUGCAGGCUGUCACCCGUUUAGACUCUCGCCAGGCAGCGGCUGCUGGUCUUGGGAUGGCUGGAUCUCCAGUAGUCGAUGAUCAGGUUGAGCGCUCUAGUCGCUCUAUGCACUCCAGAGCCAGUGGCUCUCGUGCAGACUCGUCCACUGCAUCCUCCGAUCGCCGACGCUCUUGUCAGCUUGCCGAAGAACACGGAAUCCCGGAGAUUGGCCAGAGAGUCCCGAUGUAUCCCAACGCAGGUGAUGUCCAAGCUCCGUCUCCGUCUCCGUACCAGUCAGAACAUGGAGGCCAACGGCAGGGGCGUAACCAUCAUCGCACUCGUAGCGGCCGUCGGGAAGCCUCUUUACCUCCCGGAAGCUAUGGCCUUCAUGGACACGGCGUGCCUCAAGACAAAUUCGAGAAAGCCUGGUAUGAGAAGCACCCCGAAGAGUACGCCAAGGAGGAGCACGGACAGUAUGGGCCUGGUGUUGGGACCCCACGACCGGACUGGGCCCUGAGCAGCGACGAUCUAAAUAAGAUUGUCCGUACUUCGGCCGUGACAGGCUGUGGUCUCGGUACCUCUCCUGCGGUCACAGGUACCCCGGAUGAGGAGGUUGGGUACAUCGCUUCCGAUGAAUACACCCAGCGUAUGGUCACGCCAGCUCCGGAAUCGCGUCGUAGUUCGCGGCUCGUUGCUGAGUCGCCUUUGCGCUCCGCGAACACUACCGCUCCGGAGGCUGAUAAAGAGCUGGAUGCGCACAAAUCCGAGGGCGCCGGUGUAAUCCACGUUAAUGAUCCAUACCAUCAGCUGCACCACCCCGACGGCUUCGCCCCGACCCCGGCCCUAGAGAGACAAUCCCGUGAAAUGAGAGUCGGCGACGAGGACGAAGACGAACCUAUUCUGGCCGCUGACGAGAUCCGCCCUGAAUCUGCCUUUCAGCAUCCUGCUGUUUCCCCCUCUUUUGACCGGCGAACAAGUGACCAUGAUGGACGGAGUCGCACUCCUAGCAUUAACCAUAGUCGCUCGAACAGUCGCUCUACCGGUCAUCACAGUGCAAUGCCUGCACUUGUGAGGUACAACUCGCGUGAUGAGCGUGAGGACACCCACACCCCUCUCGAUGAUGUCGAAGAGUAUGAGCCGUUAUUUCCCGAGGAUGGCAAGGAUAAAAAGCCAGUGUCGACCACAGACCGUUUCAAGCGGCGUCCCGAAUUGAGCAAGCACCGAUUCCCAAGCGAGGACAUUUGGGAAGAUUCUCCCAACAGCUUGCAGUUGCAUGCCACCGUUUCUACACCGGACACCACAAAGAACGAGGCUUUUGAGACGCCGGAGCAGGAAUCGUUCCGCCGGAGUCAUACCCCCCACAUUGAUGCCCGUGGGGUCGCAACGAACAUUCUCGAGUCCGAGGAGCGGGGAGAAAAGACAGCGCGACGUCCUGAAGUUUCUAAGCAACGGUUUCCCAGCCGAGAUAUUUGGGAAGACGUGCCCGAAAGCCAGAAACUUGUCACAACAAUAGAACCAUCAACGGAGAACGAGGUGAAGAGCCCAGAUGUUCCAUCUAAACCGGCUAUCCCAUCUCGUCCUGCGAAGCGUCCGCAACAGUCUUCCGCGGUGGAUGCUUCCUUGAAACCAGCCACUUCCCCAACUGAGAAACGACAACCGCCCAAUAUACCGGAUCGACCCAAGCCCCAGAUUCCUGUUCGACCUGCCAAGGCUAUUCCCCGUGGAGUAGUGGAUAAUUCCCGAGAAGCGCCAGCCAAGGAAAAACCAGCCGUGCCUGUUCGUCCUAAUGGUGGCAAGAUCGCUGCGUUGAAAGCGGGCUUUCUGUCUGACUUGAACUCACGCUUGCAGCUGGGUCCUCAGGCACCGAAGCCUCAGGAGAAGAAAGAGGAGGCAGCUCCAGCCGAGAAGGCACCAUUGAGUGACGCUCGAAAGGGUAGAGCUCGUGGGCCUGCCCGGAGAAAGCCAGCGGCCGAAAACGUCAGCUCAAGGCUCCCGACGAUUCCCGAAAUCAAGAUUACGGAGACUUGGAAUGUGUGGCAGGUCGGCGAGGAUGGCAAUCUGACCGUCGAAACCGGAGUCCAGGCGAAUCCAUCCGAGCCUGUCUCGAAGGACACAGUGGCCCCGGCUUUAUCGAAGAACCUUGCUGGUGAAUCAACCGAUCCUUCCCCGGUGCAGGAACCCGCACCCAAGACAACCGAGGCCGUCGAGAUGAUAUCAAGCAGGAACGGUGACUCUGCCGCGGCUCCCGCCGCAGAACCAGCCCAUCAAGAGUCUCCUCAGCAGCCCGAAGCGAAAGAGGAAGUGUCCUCAGAAAUGUCGUCUGAGAUCAAGCCUAGUACCUCACCACCAGUGGACAAGGUCAUUGAGGUCUUAGCCGCUACUGCGGAUGGAAAACGCCUGUCGGAAGGAUCUAUCCUGGAAGCCGAUCAGAACGCCCAGUAG